UUGACCACAGAGUAGCGCCGUUAGCUAGGUUGACUAACGCUAGCUAACUAGCUAAGGCUUUCAGAGAUUUGGUCACUGUACGCGGCACAUUUAACCUGCGCUGCUGUUUUAUCGUAGUGUUAGAAUAUUUAACCCAUUUGCACGGUUACUUCAGUGCUUCAGUAAUGCUAAAAGGUUCGCGAGGCUAAAGUUGGAAUUUUCCCGUUCCACCUUAAAUGGUGCAGCAGUUACUAUAACGUCUCCGAUACCAGAAUGCAACUUCCCCACCAUUUAAGGUGGAACGGGGAAACUCGAACGAGAAGUACGUGACCCCAGCGGUGCUAUAAUAUUGAUAAUUCACGGUAUACGUGUGUGAAUUCGAGUGCAAAAGUGCAGAAACGUUUUAUCCAGUCGCAGAGAAGCGUCGGUUAAUUUUUAUUAUACUAUGAUUAUUACUGUGGUAAAUUAAGUGAGGGCAAUGAUCCAUCGUUAACAGGCAGCUGUGUCAGCUGCUUUGGAUCCUGCUUUUAUUUCCUUUUGGAAGGAGUAUAGAAACCUUAACCGUGGUUGCAUCCAAACCGCCCACUACUGUACUAAAUAGUAUGUCAAUACAGUACAUACAGUAACUACAUUAGUAUGUGGUUGUGAAUGCAGAAAAUUUCCUCCAGUAAAAUCAAUCAAUAAGCUCUCUUCUAUAGGACAGUAAGGCAGUAUUGGAACUCCAAUUUAGACACAUGCAGAUUAAUAAUAUAAAACAAUUUAGGAUGAUAAGUUUGUAGUAGUAGCAAUACGCUUGCUGAAAACAACAGUGUCAACCUGUAUACCAGCAUCCAAAAUACAACGUAAGCUGUUUUUUGUAGUGAUGCGCAGAUAACAGCUUCCAUCGCUGCUGACAAGCAUCCAAAGCGCAACAUAACGCAGGUUUUUCUAGCAGGGAUACCUCACGUUUAGGUUCACCAAAUGUCUUAUUAUAUAGCUGUUUGACCAAAAUUGAAAAGUAGUGCCCAUAAUACGUGGCAUGCCAUUGGCUUUUUAUCCGUUUAUUAUAUGUUAUAUCCAAAUGACUCCACCUGACAGAAGCAAGUUUUUCUGUCUUGACCACACUGUAGCCGAUGUCCCGCUUUAGCUGCUGAUUUAACUCACAGAUUGACUCGAAUGGCAAUGGCAUCUCGCCGGGCACUGAAAGCAGUGCUCAUUGACCUAAGUGGAACUCUUCAUAUUGAGGAUGCUGCUGUACCUGGUGCUCAGGAAGCACUUGCAAGGCUGCGCCGUGCUCCAGUGGCUCUGAAAUUUGUAACUAACACGACAAAGGAGUGUAAGAGAACCCUGCACGAGCGUCUGCGCCGGCUCAAAUUUGACAUUGAAGAGCAGGAGAUCUUCACGUCACUGACUGCAGCUCGCAACUUGUUGGAGCAGAAGGUGGUGCGCCCCCUAUUGCUGGUGGAGGAUAGUGCGUUGGAAGACUUUGCAGGUAUUGAAACCUCUGAUCCCAAUGCUGUGGUGAUAGGCUUAGCACCAGAUCAUUUCAACUACCAAAUGCUUAAUAAAGCUUUCAGGUUAAUUCUGGAUGGUGCCCCUCUCAUAGCCAUUCAUAAAGCCCGCUACUAUAAAAAGAAAGAUGGGUUGGCAUUGGGGCCUGGGCCAUUUGUGACUGGACUCGAGUAUGCCACUGAUACGCAAGCCACUGUGGUGGGCAAACCUGUGAAAACAUUCUUCCUGGAAGCUCUGCGAGAUCUUAACUGCAGCCCAGAGGAGGCUGUGAUGAUUGGAGAUGAUGCUAGGGAUGAUGUUGGUGGAGCUCAGAAUGCAGGGAUGCUGGGAAUAUUAGUCAAAACUGGUAAAUAUAGAGCUGGCGAUGAAGGCAAAAUAAACCCUCCUCCUCAUCUGACUUGUGAGAGUUUCCCUGAAGCUGUAGAUCAUAUCCUUACACAUCUGCUAGACACUAAAUGAGUUUUAUGAUGCUGUUUGGUGUGUUAAAUAUGCUGUUGUACAUAAAGUGAGAGCUGGAUGAACAGUAUAGGUUUUGUAAAUAUGUAAUGAAGACGAAAUCCAGAGUGCUUUAAUAAUUAACAUCAGACAUUAUGUAUGUUGUUGAUACAUAGGGUCACCCUUACUUGUCCUGUUGCGCUUGCAAAUCAUAAUUCUGACUGCUGGCCACUUGAUGUCACAUGGCUUGCAAUAAUAUUUGAACUGGAAGAAAAGUCCGGUGUCAGGCCAACCACCUUCACUUUUUUUUUUACACAGUCCAAGAUCGUGAAACUAUUUAUGCUUGUACAAUAGAAGUAAAAAAAGAUAGCAAAAGUCAACCCUAAAUAAACAUACAAAACAAACUAAAA